ACCAAUAUGGCGGGCACAGUUUUAAAGUUAACUGUAACCUUACUCUUAUCAUUCAGUAUUAUAACAGGUCAAGAUGUGAAAGACAGGUACUACCCCCGCUAUCACUUGGCUCCGCCCUACGGUUGGAUGAACGACCCCAACGGCUUCAGUGUCUUCAACAACGAGUACCAUCUCUUCUACCAGCACAACCCUAACAGCAGCUUCACGUCCACAGUCGUCCACUGGGGCCACGCCAAGAGCCCCGACCUUGUCCACUGGGAACACCUCCCCAUCGCCUUGUACCCUGACCAGUGGUACGAUGCAGGUGGAGUAUUUUCUGGUAGCACUCUUGUCGAAAACGACACUAUGCAUGUGUUCUACACCGGCAACAUUAACUUAGAAGGACAAACGCCUAGCACCGCAAAUAAGCAAGCGUACGCAACGAGCACAGACGGAGUCACUUUUACUAAAUACGUAGGCAACCCGAUCAUACCCGCUGAGGAUCGACAGCCGAAUAUCCGUGACCCCAAAGUAUGGAAGCAUGGGGACACUUACUACAUGGUUUUGGGGAAUUCUUACAACAAUGACACCUUAGGCCGCGUUCUUCUUUACUCAUCCACUGACAAGAUUACUUGGAAAGAAGAAUCUAUCCUCGAUCAAUCUAAUGGCACCAUGGGUUACAUGUGGGAAUGCCCUGAUUUCUUUGAGCUCGGCGGGAAGUUUGUACUCCUCUUUUCGCCUCAAGGAGUCGCAGCCCAGGGGGAUAAGUAUCAAAAUUUGUAUCAAACUGGUUAUAUACUUGGCGAUUUCGACUACUCCACACUCAAAUUUACUCCUACGUCUGAAUUCAAGGAACUCGAUCACGGCCACGAUGUUUAUGCUACUCAGACUCUCUUGGACAACGAUGGUCGCCGAAUUGUGGUGGCAUGGAUGGAUAUGUGGGAAAGGAAUUAUCCUGAGAGCUAUGAUGGUUUCACUGGCUUAAUGACUUUACCUAGAGAAUUGACGCUUUCCUCCGAUGGCAUUUUAAUCCAGAAGCCUGUAGAAGGUAUAUCAAGAGCUAAAGGUCGCACCUUGUUCCCUGUAAAAAGUUAUAGACAUAGACAAUCAAGAAUUUAUAUCUUAAGAAACAAAGCUGGAGAAAUUAAUGUCCAUGCUGAUGGUUCUAAAGAUCUUCAAUUAUACAUUGAAUCUGGUCCGGUUCAAGUGUCGAUUUCCUACGAUGCAGAGAAAGGGCAGGUGACACUCGAUCGUGGAGGCACCGACGGCAUUCGUCGUACUGAAUGGAAGCCUGAUGGACAGUUGAAGUGGAGGAUCUUUGUGGACGCGAGCUCUAUCGAACUGUUCUGUGGAGAAGGCGAUGUGACGUUCACAAGUCGAUUCUUUCCUGAAGGACCCGUUGAAAUCCGUUUAGCGCAGCAGUCCAGGGCCGAGCAUAUUAGUGUGCAUGAGAUACAGCGUACUGUCCCUCAUGGUGGCUAUUAUAACAGGCAUUGGUGUUUCCUUUGUCAUAUUGGGUGAUGCUUGAGAAUUCAGGAAGUCUUUACAAUAUUUACACAAGU